GAGCAGAUUUCCCCUAACACUACCACAUGUAUAGAGUUUAUUUAGUGGGAUGGUGGAGUUAAAACAUAUUAUCAAAGCGGUCAUGGAUAUAUAGUCAAAAAAUGAAAUCACCAACACCAACAACAAACACCAUUGCAUACACCGUUAACCAUGGAAAAACAACAGACACCAGUGCGUACACUGCUGACCAUGGAAAAACAACGGAAGACGAUUCGUCACAAAAGAAUGAAAAUUCGGAACCGCCACGACUGGCGUGUGGCUAUUUUGGUACAGCAUUUCCUGAUAAAUUGGACGAAAAUUUAUAUCAAAGAUUUUUCCGACGUCAAAGAGUGGAAUGUUCAGUGCUAAUAGUCUUCGCGACUGUGCUUUACUGUGUGUGCGUUAUUAUACUGGAGAUUAUCAGUAAAUAUAUUUACAAAUCCAACGCCAGAUAUUUUAUAUUAAGAAUCGGUAUCAACUGUGCUGUGUUAAUAUUAACAACCUUCUUUCACUGUGUCGACCGAUUUUCAAAUCUAUUUCACAAAUUUAUAUUCUAUCCUUUUAUACCUUGGGGUUUGUUUUUUAUUGUUGUGUUUUUUGACACCGGAAGUCGUGAUAUUAACACUCCGUCUGACGGAUUGACCGUUACCUUACUCUUGAUAUUUGUUACUUUUUUGACUUUACCGAGACGUCUUGUAGAGUGCUGCGUGGUAGCUGUUAUAAUUUGUGUUGUUCAUAUAAUAAUCGUGACAAUAUUCUGGUAUCAACAACAUAACCCUUUUCUUCUUGGUAACCAGAUUGGUGCUAAUGUUUUACUGUGUCUUGGAUCUGGUCUGCUGGGUUCUAUCUCAUAUCUAUAUUUCGAUAGACAACACAGAAUAUCAUUCCUGGAGACAAGGUCAUCACUUUCCGUCGAGGUCACCAUAGAACAAGGUCAUUUAGAACAGGAAAGAUUACUAUUGUCUGUUUUGCCAAAACACGUGGCGGAUGAAAUGAUCAGAGACUGGGGUGCUAUGGAAGAUACACAGUUUAGAAAAAUUUAUAUGGGAAGAUAUGAAAAUGUCAGUAUUUUAUUUGCUGAUAUUGUUGGUUUUACUGCAAUAUCGUCAUGCUGUACAGCUGCUGAACUUGUUAAGAUAUUAAACCAACUUUUUGCUAAUUUUGAUAAAUUAGCGCAGAAAUUUCAUCAGUUAAGAAUAAAGAUAUUAGGUGAUUGUUAUUAUUGUAUAUGUGGAGCACCGGAACCUAGAUCUGAUCACGCUGUUUUAUCUAUACAUAUGGGACUAGCUAUGGUGGAUGCCAUCAAGGAUGUAGUAAAACAAACUAAGAAAGAUGUAAACAUGAGGGUAGGGAUUCACACAGGGGCGGUUCUUGGUGGUGUACUGGGGCAAAAACAGUGGCAAUUCGAUGUUCUAGGCAAGGAAGUGACGUUGGCCAACCAGAUGGAGAGUUCCGGUGUACCAGGAAGAGUCCAUGUGUCAAAUAAAACCAAAACCUUUCUACAAGAUGAGUUUGAGUUGGAACCUGUUGAUGGAGGUCAGAGUGAUGAAAUGAUACGAUUUAACAACAUCACAACGUAUUUAGUAAAAAGUGUUUUAAUUCCGUACAAGGAAAACGACGUGUUAAAAGAUAAGAAUGGUAAAACAAUAUUGGAUGAUGGGGAUUCUGGAAAGGAUUCUGAUUGUUCCCGGAAUGUUGAUUUAUUUAACCAAAGAUUGGACAAAACUCUACAGAAUCGAACGUUUACAAGUUUCUCCCUUUUUGGUAUGUCCCCAAUAACUUUGAGUUUUGUUGACUCGAAGAUGGAAAUGAUGUACAACGACAAAGCUGAACAGUGGAGUGGUAUUAUUAUGAUUGGACUGUGUUCCACCCUAACCUUGACCUUUCUGGCUAAAGUCUGUGUUCUACCAAGAAGUUUGUUGGUAAUCCUUUGUUUUAUUGUUGGUGUCAUUCUCUUAGCUUUAAUGACUUUUAUCACGUGGCCUCGAUUUAUGACAAAGGACAAACAUGUAGUUGAAAGGUUUAUAUAUUGUAUGACUAACCACCGUAUUUUACGUCUAUUAUGGACGAUUGUUGCUGUUAUUAUCUUAUUUUUAUCUGACGUUAGCGGCAUGUUCGGAUGUGAAACUGGUUCUACGUACAACGUAUCUGGUUCCAAUUUAGAACCAAAUGACGUCAGAUGUCAGAAUCCAGUAUAUUUUAUCCACUCUACUAGCCUCAUUCUCAUAGCAAUCACGUGCCUUAUGCAAAUUAGUCAUAUAAUUAAGACUAUGUUGAUAUUAACUGUUGCUCUACUUGUGUGUAUAUUUGAAUGUUUGAUAUUUGCCGAUAUUUUUGACAGUUAUGAUAACAACGUGUAUAUUAAUUCUGCCUAUUUUCCUACCAAAUAUAAUUCGCUAGCAGUCUUGGUGUUUAUGUCGCUGAUUCUUGUGUUCAUUUCUAGGCAGAUGGAUAAAAUCUACAGACGUCUGUUUUUUUGGAAAGUCGAGUCUACCAAACAGAAAGAGGAAGUGACAUUGUUGAGAGCGAAGAACGAGGCUCUUAUAUACAAUAUUCUACCUACGCAUGUGGCGAAAGAUUUCAUUGGACAACUCAGAUGUGACGAGGAAUUAUACAGUCAUUCGUAUGGUCAUGUUGGUGUUAUGUUCGCCUCAUGUCCAAACUUUCACGAUUUCUAUAACGAGAGUUCGAUUAAUAAUAAUGGACUGGAGUGUCUCAGAUUUUUAAAUGAAAUCAUUUCAGAUUACGACGAGUUAUUAUCUCAGCCGAGGUUUUCAAGUGUAUGUAAAAUAAAGACGGUAGGACCAACAUAUAUGGCAGCUAGUGGAAUGACAGAUCUCAUAUGUAGUCAGACACAAGAUAUAAAAGAACGGUGGAAACAUUUAGAUGAUUUGGUUCAGUUUGCUUUAACCAUGAAAGAAACACUAGCAAAAAUUAAUGAACAAUCUUUCAACCAUUUUGUUUUAAGAAUAGGUAUAAACCACGGGCCAGUAAUUGCCGGUGUUAUUGGAGCUAGGAAACCACAUUAUGAUAUCUGGGGUAAUACAGUAAAUGUAGCAAGUAGAAUGGAAUCAACUGGUCAUCCAAAUAAAAUACAAAUAGUGGAGGAAACAAAAGAUAUUUUAGAGAAUUUUGGUUACUCGUUCCAAACACGUGGCUUAAUCUCGGUCAAGGGUAAAGGAGAUCUAAUGACAUAUUUUAUUAAAGAAGAACCUAAACAAACGGGAGUUAUACCCAAUCAGAUUAUUUGAAACCAAGCAAUAUAUAAUAACGCCCAAUCAAACUAUUUAUAACAGAGGCUACUCAAAUCGUAAAACACAGUGCUGCUACCCAAAGAUAGUAGGUAGCCAGUCAACAAAAUAUCUGACCAAUGCAGUCCAUAAGAUUGUCGCAUUUUCAUUUGUUUGGGAGUAACGGGGGGAAUACUUUUACAAAAGACGGGCAACAACAGAUGAAGUAACUAUCAGCAAUAAAUGUUAUAAAAAAGGCUCAAACAUAGACAAAACAUGUUCCGGUUAUCAGAUUUUGUCCUGGAGAUUUUUCAAAGUGAUCAAAGCAAAUGACAAUCGGAAAUUGUUGUAAUUGUAUAGACAUCUGAAUCUUGAUCUCACAAUGUGUAUAAAUUAAUGAGAUAAUAAUUUUAACAUCACUUUAUUUGAAUUGUGGGUUUGUUUGUGAUUUCUGCGUAUUAUGUCUUGUCCUUAUAUUUGUUUUUGUGUAAAUUAUGUGUGGUGCAGUACCCCUGCACUUACUAUUAGAAUGUCUACAACUGUAUAUUGCUAUCCAAUCAAAUUGUCUUUAACAACUAUUGCAGUCUAACAGAAAACACGCCUACGCAAGAAAUUGAUGGGGGGAAUUUACGUCCGCGAUAUGGACAGUCUGUGUGUUAAAAUUGAUACACUGGUUAACAUUACAAACUGAUUCAGAUAAUGAUUAGCCAAGGUUGUUCAAUGAUGAACCCAUCUAGACCAGACAACGCGGACCAGCACACCACCAUACCUAUCACUUGUUUCCAGGAGCAACGCGUUAAAAUUGGAUUGGGAAUGGUACUGAAGGGGUCCAUCAUAUACUGAGCGCCAUGGAAAACGCAUCACUUAGUUUUUCGUAUAAAAAAAUGAUCCUGUAAACAUAUCUUAUUUAUUUUUCUUCUUAUUGUGAACAAUAUUCAAAUGGGAACACAUCAAUAACAACACAUUUGUACACUUAUGGAUGUUUAAUCUGUAAUCAACGGUACAAAGUCAGAGGGGUCAAAACCAAAAGUACGACACAGAUGUCAGUAGCGCGUGUGUCCUCCACAGGCUCUUACGCACGCUGUGCAGCGACGUCGCAUGGAAUUAACCAAUGUUUGAAAGAAGGCGUGGGGCAAAUUGUUCCAUUCUUGGACAAGAGCAGCGUCUAAAGCACCAAUGGUGUGCAUCUGUGGUCCCCGAUACAGACGGCGUCCAAUCUCAUCCCAGACAUGUUCUAUCGGUGCCAUGUCCGGAGGCAUUGAUGUUGUUAGCAGCCAGGUAGUCUAUACUAAAACGGGCGGUAUGCGAACGUGCAUUAUCCUGUUGGAAGUGCUGAAGUUGUGGGUGAGCUCGAAACAACAAUUGGUUGCAAGACAUCAUCACGGUAGGCUACAGCAUUAACGCGACCCCUGCAAAUAUGUAGGGCGGUCCGGUGAUGAAAUGUGAAGCCUCCCCACACCAUUACACUUCCCCCACCCCAUCGAUUCGUUUCGAAGACGCAGCAGUCUGCAAGACGUUCCCUGAGACGUCUCCACACACGUUGACGGCCAUCAGCGUGAUAAAGAUGAAAGCGACUCUCAUCACUGAAGAGCACACUUUGCCAGUCUACUCUUCUCCAUGUCUGGUGUCCUUGAGCCCAUAUCAAACGCCGCUGACCGUGAUGAUCCCUGAGGAUAGCUCCAACAUAAGGUCGUCGUGCACGGAGUCCUACUUCUCUUAGACGACGUCUUACGGUGUUGGCACUUACGACUGCUGCACCUGUUCGAGUCGCUGGGCGGAAUCUGUCACGCAGAUGAGUGACCCGGAUGUAGCGGUCUUGAGUCUGGGUUGUAACGUUGACGGUCACGUGUUGAUCCAGUAACUCGAACACGUUCCACCAACCUUACAAUAGUGGACUGAUGACAAUUGAAGUGUCUGGCAAUAGCACGUGUAGACAUGCCAGCCCUGGACAUUCCCAUGGCUUCAUUCCGUUGAUUUUCAGUAAGUCUCGGCAUCUCUAGCUCGAUUCCUUCACACGUCCAACAACAAAUUACGACAGAUUGACGUUUCACGGUUCAUGUACUGCACAUUAAGUUGAAAACAUGCUUUUAAAGGGCUCACACACAAUGCUGCACGUGAAUAUUGGGUUUUUCAUGUGCAUCUCGUGCAAUUUUUUUUUUUGUGCAUACGGGCAGAUAUUUUUUUUGCGUUUGGGGGCAUUGUGAGAAACAAUAGUUCAUAGUAUUGCAUAAUAUUAUACAUACAAAACCACCUAGUAAUAAAAUAUUUGAGAAUAAAAGUGAUGCGUUUUCCAUGGCGCUCAGUAUAUAUUGCGAGGUUGGGGUUUUCGUCCUCUCAUUUUGUUCUACGUUGAACCUGCCAUUAAUAAGACUACUGGCUCUUCUGCUUGACAAGGUUGUUCACUCGGCAAACCUCGGCAGAUUCCGGAACCCUACAUCUAGCCUUUGUUGUUGGACACCGGCAUUAACCCUACGACUUUCAAUUUUACCCCCUCCGACCACUCACGUGAUGUGUGACGACGGAAUGCAUGUAAAACAGUGACCACACGUUACAUACAUAUUAUGACUUCUGAUAUAAAUUUUAUUAUAUUGUAUGUAGAAUUUCAAAACAUUAUUUAAAAUUACAAAUUGCAAUGAUCCGGAUUCAAUAUUUAAUUGAUGUGUCGUGACCCAGCAAUACAAUUGUGUUGCCUUGGUAAAUCACAAUUAUAGGCUUUAAUAAGGUGCAGUGGAAUUGUUUAACCAGGAACAGAGUGCACUGACUCAAAUUCUUUGACCUUAUGGUAACAUGUU